AGAUGUUCGGUCGAUAAAAGUGUCCAACUUGCCAGAGAAUAUAUCCAAUGAUGUGCUCCGGUUUCUCUUCAAGGAGUCGACCAGUGUCAUCAGGGCCCCACACUCAACAACAGCCAUUGUGGAGUUCAACUGUGUCAGAGAUGUGGCAGCUUACAUCCAUAAAGACAAGACCCUCAUGGUUGAAGACAAGGUUCUUACCAUAGAAGGAUGUUCUUCCAAGAAUGAAGGCACAUCAAAUAAAGAUCCAUUGGAAUCUCGCCAGCUCUACAUUGAGAACAUUCCUCAUUGGACCACCACCGAGUAUUUGGAUGUCCUCUUCCCUGGGGCUAAAAGCAUUCGCAGGGUGGAUGGAUUCACGGCGGUUGCAGAAUACCGAUCUGCGAAAGAUGCCCAGAUGGAACUCCUCAAAACCAAAACUCUUCGAAUCGACCAAAACCAACUUGUAGUUGUUCCUGCAAAGGAUUACCGAAGGAAUACAACCAAUAAUGAUGGGAGCCCAGUGCAGAAUGUCGGGCGAUAUUCUUUGACCAGGAAGGGAAAAGGUUACCAAUCUUCAUACACACGGAAGCCAGGAUUUGGCAGUGAGAGAUCAAACCUGAACAACAGCAGUGGAGGCAGCUAUCACAGUCACAAAAGACAUUCGGCAUCAGGGUCUCAGCAUCAGGAAGAUAACACUUUGGGCACAUCUCCACAGGACCAGCUUCUCUCUGGGAACAGCACCCAGGCAAAUCUUCUUGGGCUCCCACAAGCGUUUGGGAAAAGCAGUCGAAGUUUCCAGUGGAAAAAACCUGGUUCUCAUCACUACAGCAACCUACGAAGCGGUCGACGUCGUGGGGCCGGCAGGAACACAGAGUACAGAGACGGGGCCGAUGCUGAGGGCAAUGAAUGCGGGGACAACGAUACAGAUAGCUUACCUGCCCAUGAUCCAGAUGGCGAUGGUGAUGUGGUGGAGAAGUCUCGUGUCGAGGCCAAAAGCUCUGGCCAGUCACAGCAACAGAAGAGGAGGACGGCAGCGACGGCGGUCAGUCAAAAUCAGAAAGAUUCGAAGACGCACCCGGCGUCGGGGCCGGCUGUGGGUCCGACUCAGAAAGAGGCCAAAGCAAACCAGUCGUCAUCGUCGUCGUCUUCGGCGCUUGGUCGAAAUCAGAAAGACGCUAAGGUGACCCAGAGGUCAUCGGCAACGGACGGGGUAAGUCUGAAUCAGAAGGAUUCUAAGACGAACCAGAAGUCGGCAGACUCAAGCCAGAACCAAACAGAAGUGAAAGCUAACCAUAAGGUGCCACCAACGAGUAAAGAGAGGGGCGUGUCUUCCCGCCGGGAAUCGUCGAUGGCGCACAGAUCGAACUCAGGUAUCAAUAAGACGGACAGGGCCCAGAGUAGCACCAGUAAACCCAUUCGAGACAGGUCUCCACACAGAGACUGUCCGAGCAAACGUAUGAGGACGACCUAUGAGUCAUCGACUCGCGGCGGCAGCAGCAGUAGGGGCCAAUCGAAAACGAGUCGGGAGGCGGCGGCGGCGGCGCCCUUGUCCAGCGACACUUCUAAAGGUCAUCGUCACACCGACGUGCAGCAGGGUCAGGACGGCCCCACCCAAAAGGAGGAUGGCAGCGUCACAGACUCCGUUUCCAAUCUUAUGAAUAAAUUAGACAUGUUGGCCGCUCUCUCACAAUUUGCCAAGGAUUACGAAGAUGCCUACCAAACCACACAGAAGGGGUCGCAGGAGAAGUGCCACAAAACCGACACCGGAAAAGAGAAAGACGUGCCGCCAGCCGGGUCUACAAACCCCAGGAUGUCUAAAAAUAGGGAUUUCGACCGAACGUCUCAGAAAAGUUCGACGGGGUCCGGUCAUGUGAGACACAGAGGGGAUAGCAGUGGGAGCAGUGACUGUAUUAAGAGAGGCACGUCCCACGACCACGAACGGAAUACUCGCACGUCAGAAUCUUCUAGGAUGAGGCACAGGGGCGGCGUCGGUGAUGGGAGCUGUGACUCUGCUAAUCGGAGGAGUGCCUCCCGGUCGCGAAGUUCCCGUUCUGCAAGCUGGAUGUCGGAGCCUUACAUUGACAGUCUUAGAGAGCGUCACCGCUACCAUGAACAAUCUUCCGGCAUGGCCACCACUGCUGAUCGUCGGUCGGCGAGAUCAGUGAGAAGCCCCUGUUAUGAUCUGAAUGAGGGUGAUGGAGGAGGUGAUGGUGGUCGUGGUGGUGUCAGUCGAAGGGAUUUCCUGGAGAGGCGAAACAGCGAAAAGCAUCAAUCGCGGGGCCAUUACUAUCGCCAUGGCGAUAAUUUUGACCGUGACAUUCCCCGUCACGAUCGAGAUGGCUGGAAUGGUUCGAGGUUCUGGAACGAAGAUGAUUCGGGCAGGUCGAGGUCAUCGUAUGCAAAUGCAGAUGUUGACCUGAUGAGGUCGUUGGAGGUCAGAGGUCGAAAUUGCGAAGACAGAGGCUCGGGCCAGCAGGGCAGCGAACGCAGAGUUUGGAUUAGUGGUCGUCUUGACCAUCGUAAUAGCGGUCAAGGACGCGGCUAUCAACGAGACGUCCAUUCCGACGGUAACUACGAGAAGACGGUUUACUUGUCAAAUCCAGAUUUGAGCCAUUGGGAUGAGGCCGAGUAUGAUGCCGGUGGUGGUAGUGGUGGUGGUGGUGGCCGGAGGAGAAGGUGGGAGAGAGAAGAGGAAGGGCCGGAACGUGAUAGAAUUGCCCAGAGGUUCUCUGAGUCUCCGGGGUCAUGUGGCCGUGACAGGUUUGGCAGCGGUGGCUACGAUGACUAUAAUUAUGAUUAUGAUGAUGAUGGUGGUGGUGGUGGUGGCUGUGGUGGAAGAAGGGGUGUGUUUGACCGACGUGACGGGAAAUGGACAGGAGACCGUCGGGACAUGUACGAACGACGGAAGGCGAAUGACGAGCCGUUUGUAGCUGUCCACUUAAACAGCGGAAGUGACCGGCUUGCAUUCGGGGACAGAGAAAGGGACGGGGAAGAAGAAUUAGGGAGAGAGGGAAGAUUUCAUCAGGAGAGUAAUGAAAGGCGGUAUAAUCACCCAGAUAUGGAUAAUGAUUUUCAUCCCCAUGGGAACAGAAGGGGCCUCGCUUCGUCCCCUUCUACCUACAGCAACAACAUAACUAGAUCCCAGUCUCGGGAUUAUUAUGACAGCAGUAGCCCCCGUCCACCUUUCCAUGACAACAGACGGCCGACGACGACGACGACGGGAUUGACCAUGAAUGCAUCAAAAUCAGAAAUACAGGACUAUGAAGGCGACGGUACCCGUCAUCGUGGGAAACGUCAAAAUAUGACCCCCCAUCCGUAUGGACCAGAUACGAGAACAUUCCGGAAAGGCGGUGAUCAGGGGACUGCGGGCAACAAAAGCAACAGCAGGAGUUACCAUGGUGAUAAGGAGUGGUCUGUCAGCUCAAGGGACACGGAGGAGAGGAAGGUUUUUUUGACGAAUUCUGUAAAACGGGGCGGGGAAAAUUGCGGUAGGGCCGGCAGCACGGAUGGCAGAGGUUGUGGGUUUGAUGUUGGUGGUAGGGAUGUAGGUAGAUUGGGCCCCAGUGAGAAAGGCCAAACAGGUGGGUUUGGCACAGAUGGAAACCGUGAAGCAGGUGGGAGAUUCGGUUCCGACGUGAGGUGUGAGUCAGGCAGGUUCGUUGGUGCAGAGGGCAGGUGUAAAGUGAGUAGAUUUGGCAGCGAUGGGUGGUCUGAAGGGGCCAGGUUUGGCGCAGACGAACAGUAUUCGUCGGGUAGAUUUGGUCCUGAUGACGAUGAGCAUUGUAAAGCAGGUAGAUUUAAUGCUGAUGGAAGUUAUGAGGCAGGUAGACUUGAUGUUGAUGAAAGGUGUAUCGCUGGUAGAUUUGAUGUUGACGAAAGGUGUGCGACGGGUCUGUUUGACAGUAAUGAGAGACCGGCAACAACUGACGUCAAUGACACUGAGAAGAGAGGGCCCAGAUCGUCUGGGUGUGACCAUGAUCCCAGUGCCAGCAGAAUCGGUCAAAAAGGUGAAGAUGAAAAGAGCAUGGGUUGUAGGAAGUUUGGCGUUGGGGCAGGUAACUUUGGGAGUUGUAGGGAUAUCGACAAUUCUGCUGCAAAUUUCAGAGCUGGGAAAUCGUCUAACAGUAGCGGUAGGUUUGACCGCCAUGUCAACAAUGACAUGCAGGAUUGUCAAUUAGCAUUUGACGUCGACGAGAGGCAGAGAUAUGCAGCAUCGGAGAUGGAUAGAAUGCAUAAUAGGAAUUCCGAUGGGAUGAGAUUCAAUCGGCAUCGUGGUAUUGAAGGAGGGAAUUCACCCAAGACAGGCCGGACCCUCGAGGAAGGGGCAAACAACAAAGAUGACGGUGGUGGUGGUGAUGACGGUGAGAUUAACGUCCACGCUGUCAACAGUGGUGGCGACGGUGGUGGUGAUGACGGUGGUUACAGUAACCAUGGUGAAAACAGAGAUAUUGAUGAUAGGGUUUUUCUCCAGUACAGCAGUAACCAUAACAACAACAACAACAUGUGGCCAAAUGGUCGCAGAUAUAAAAAUGGGUCAGUCAAUACCCAGCAUGGGGGUCACUAUAACCAAAAUAGGGGGAACUCCAGCAGGGUCUGGAACAGACAGACUGGAAACUCUAAUAGCUUAGGCUUGAGUGACGCGCCGUUUCAGGGGUCUGAAUCUAGGAAUAAGGGUUCGAAAAGACAGUUUAAUGUUUUAUCGGAUGGUGGAAAAGGGCCCGGCAUCGCCGGAAGGUCUCCGUCGUUUGGUGUCUUUGACGCAGAUGGCAGAAACAACCGAAAAUGAUGAGAUGGGUGUAGCCGGGUUUAACGAGGAGAUUAGCAAUUCUUUAAUUAUGAACGCUAACGACAUGACGAAGAGCGAGAACAUUGGGGGACAUCGAGGGGGUCAGUUCCGGCCUGAGAAUGUUAGAGGGGGUACAGGGGAUGGAAGUGGGCCUUGCCAUGGUGAGCAAACAUUACGACGAGAUAAUAGCACUAACGAGGAGACGAGAAUAAAUAAUGAUGAUAAUAAUAAAAUAAUAAUAAUAAUAAUAUUUCAAGUAAUAGUACUGGAUUCAGCAACAUGAAGCAUCACAGAAGGGAGUUUGGAACAGGUGUAGGGCUCACUCCGGGUUUCAAGGGAGACCGUCCACAAUCUCAUGGUCAUGGGCAAGGCCACACCCACGGUCAGCCCCAACAUCAAGGAUACCGUCAAGGCCACAUUCAACUUCAGCAACCCCUCUCUCGGGCCCAGGAAGAGCCUGGGGGUCAAAACCCCCCGCAUUUCCGGACGGAGAGAAGGGGCAGUGGUGAUGGUGGCAGCAGCAGUGGUGGUGCAAGCGGUGGAGGUGAUGGUGGCAACGAUGGUGCUGGUGGUUGUGGUGGUGGUGGUCAUUUUGCGGAUUUCCAACGCCCCUUGCCAGGGAUGCCUUCCUCUCCGUAUCCGUCCGCUGGGCUUUCGGCCCUACACCACCACCGCCACCACCAACAACAGCAGCAGCACCCUGCCUCUACCCGUAUGCCGACGCGUGCCUCGCCCCCGGGCCUGGGGACGUUCCAGCAAGCAUUCCCACCCCCUCCUCCCACCGCUGCGACGGCCCUGUUGCCUCCGCCCCCGAUCAGGGGUCUCCCAAACGGUCCCUUCUCCUCAGCGGUGAACCCCAACCCUGGCCUGCACCACCCUCCCCCUCCGCCUCCUCCCUCCAUGCCAGUCGGUGUGGUGUGGCCCCUUGUGCCCCUGCCUCCACCCACAACUCUGCCACUUGUCGAUAACGCUUUCUAUCAGGCCCCUGCA